GCGCCCUCUGGCGGACAGAAUCGGCAGGUGGUUCAUCUUUCGCGUUAACUCAGAAAGGAAAGUGAAAGAAUGACAUUUCAGACCAAACAACGAAUGUAGAAGAUCACUUUCAUCAUGUCAUCAGAAGAGGACUUCUCACUGGUGGACUCCCAGCUGUCUGACGACACCCUAGAAGGAGUCCAGAACUUAAUAAGCAACCAAAAGAAAAUCUAUGAUCUUCUGCUGGAGGAGCAGAAAGAUCUGAUUCACAGCAGGGAUGACCGGCGGGAAAUGACCAAACAGUUCAAGCGGCGCACCGAAAAAAUGACCCUGGAUUUUCAAAAGGAUGAGCUCUCCUACCGAGACCAGCUCACACUGGAGAAGGCAAAGGUGGACCAGCUGAAGCAGGAGGAGGGCGACCUGAUGAGGCAGAUCCGGCAGGUCCAGGCUGCCAUCAAGGAGGAAGGAGUUCAGAACGAUUACCUGAGAGAGCAGGCAGACGUGAUCAAAGCCAUGCCGGACAAGAAGCUGGUCUUCAGAGGGGCGACGGCAGAAGCAGACGACUGGGAGAUGUUUGAGAUGAGGUCAGAGGUCAUUUACCCGAUGGAAGGAGGAACUGCGCUGAUCACCUUUGAGGAGGAGGACGUGGCGCAGAAUAUUCUGGACAUGAAGACUCAUCAUGUGGACCUGGGAGGCGACUGCAGGAUCACCGUGGAGAGCAGAGCCGUGGAGCUGAUGCUGCCCAGCGCCGCGGAGAUCAACUCCUCCGUGUGCCCGAACCGCAUUCUGGUGUCCAACCUGCCCAAGAUGGACGAGGAGAUCCUCAAGAACAAACUGGAGAUCCACUUCUCCAAAUCCAAGCACAAAGGGGGAGAGGUGGACGAGUGCGAGUACCUGCCGGACUCUGGAGCCGUGGUCGUCACAUUUGUGGAGGAUAACAUCGCCAAAGGUUUGACAGAAUGUGAGUUCCACGAUGUGAGGAUGGAUAAAAAAACGUCCCACCGAGUCAAGGUGACCCCUUUCCUGAACGGAAAGAUUACAGACCUGCAGACUCGGAUGACGACGUGUCCCCGGACGGUGCUGCUGACGGGCAUCCCGCAUGUCAUGGACAGGGAGACUUUGCAGGACCUGCUGGAGAUCCACUUCCAAAAAAAUGGCAACGGGGGAGGAGAGAUCGAAGCCAUGCUGUACAACCCGCUGGGCCAAAGCACCUCGGCCGUGUUCCGCAGCGUCUCCCCCGACUCACAGCGGGAGUAACUCCACCUAAAGAGGAGUUCCUCAGGGUCACAGCAGCCGUUAUUUGACCACCUGAGUUUAGGAUGGUGGAGGAUUUAUCUCAUGUAGGUAAAGAGAACAUUUAUCGGAUAACGCGUACCAAAAAUAGGUUUUUAAUGUCUUAAUCGUGAUUAAUUGGCUGCAUUUUAAAAGGGGAAAAAAAUGACUUUUUAAAAAUGUUUUUAAAUUGUGAAUGUAAAAUAUGUAUCUAUGGAAACAAAAGGAAUUUUUAUUCCUUUAUUUCAUUACCUUAGUCUAAUUUAAUUUCAUAUUCCUUUUGUCUGUUUUGGAGGCUAAUGAAAAAUAAAAACCAAAUAAACGUGAGAUUUACAUUUUUUAAAAAUA